UCCUAUUGGCUAAGAGUGUUGUAGUGAAUAACGAUCGGCAUAAACAGAGAGACGCUUUCUUCUGGUUUCAUCGAUAAUCUUGUUUAUUUGUCAAAAAGAGGAUAGUAACUUUGUUUUCACUUACAAUGUUAGACUCUUAGGAAGAAUAUAUGUUAGAAAUGGCCGUUGUAGCAUCUAAAAUGUGCUGUUUUUAUGGACAAUUUGGGUCUUACUGGCGUUUGACUCCAUGGUAACUUUGUUUUGUGGACAUGCCAAGUCAACUGAGACCUGAGUAACAUCAGUCAACCAGCCAGUCAGUCCAGCUAUAAUUUACUGUCAAAGGUUGGAGCCAGGCAUAAAUCAGACCCACACUGAAGCUCAUCAUGUCUUCUGUGCUAUUAUGAAUAACCUCUGACCUUCUAAAGCUGUAAUGAAAUCCAGUGGACCUGUGUUCUCAAGGCAGAAUCCCUUUAAACCAGCAUCCAAAGUGGGGAAGUCCUACUACCACCCAUCCUGCAACCAGUCCCUGUCAAAGAAAAAGAAAAAAACAACUUUGAGUCCUGUACGUUCAAACCAGCCAUCCAGUCCACGAUUACAUACUCACACACACCCAGAGAGCCAACGGCCGUCGGAGCAACGUGACCAACAUUUUGCCGCCACAGAUGGACAACCUGUUUUUGCAGAGUCCUGGCCCUCCACCGAGUGUGGAUCUUCUUCAUCUGACAUGGAGACACCCAAACAGUCUGCGAGAGCAGGGAAAUCCACAGUUUCCUCCGAGCUAGGAGUUGAGCAGGAUUCACUGCUGGCAAAGUACAUAGAUCGCUUUCGCCAUGGUCGACCGCAGAGUCGAGAGGAGCGCCAGCAGGUGCCUUCUUCAAUUGGAGAGGAGCAGCUGCCUUUUUGGUGGAUGUCACCCUCAUCUUUACCCCGCAGUUCAACACCAACUAAAACAACAGACAAAGAUGUUUUCCAGCCUCUGAAAGAUGACCAUGGACCUGCUAUUUUCAAUCCAGCUGGACAGCGUCGACAUGACGGAUCCCUGUCCCCAUGCAGAGGAUCCCUUAGUAUUUUGUCUGACACCUCCCAUGGUGAAUUUGAUGACACAGAGAUACAACACCUUCAAGAAAAGGCCAGCAGACUUCUGCUGAGAGGUGAAUGUACUCUACUUGAUGGAUCUAUCCCUGUCAGUUCAGAGGGCCUGGAGUGCUCCGAUUUCUCUUCUCCAGUCAGCGUAGAUGAGCCAGUGCGAAGACCUUUGAUUCCCAGUUUAAUAAGAUCUACUAACUCGGUUCAAGCUGUGUCCUCCCAAAAACCCUCUGUCAUUCCUCCUCUGGUUCCCUCCACACGCCGGGAAGAUGACAUCUUGUUCCAGUGGCGUUUGAGGAGAAAGAUUGAGCAGGCCAGGGAGUGGCCCCAAUCCCUGCAACCCUCCAGUCUUCAUGGUCCCACAUUUAGCUGGCAGAUGCCCAGUUUAAACCAUCCCUCAGUCAGUGGCCAGGCUUACAAGGAACACCAGAGUACUCAACCUCCUGAAUUCUCAACUAAUUCGCACAUCCCUGCACCCCAGCCACCAACUAAAGAAGCCCACAGAUCAUGUCUCCCAGCUUCAGAUCCACCUCCCUUCCCUGCCUUUGUUGUCUCUGGCUCUUCAGUCUCUCAACCCCAGACUGUUGCCCAUGUUCCUGCCCACAUGCAUUUACUCUGUGAUGUCUUGCCCUGUCCAAUCCGGUCAUCUCGUGCUCGCGAGCAACAACACAUUUCAGAAAGUAUAGAUGAGUCUCACACCAAAGUUGUGUGUAGAAAGACCCAAGUCCCUGGAAACUCAAUGAACACCUUCACUGAUGAACAUAUUCGUGAGCAUAUUCCAGCCCCACCACCUGCUUCAUCUGGAGCUAUGGAAAGAGUUAUUCACCACAAAAGAUAUGAGAAGAACAAGAAAGAGAAAACCCAGACACGAGAGUCAGAGAAGAUUGAAAAUAAAGCAGCGGAGUCCUUCAGAAAGCAGAAGAAAUCAACAAGAUAUAUAGUGGAUAGGGAACAUGCUGAUGGCCCUGGUCCUCCAAACAGGAGUUCUUCACAUCAAAGAGUUCCCAAAAAGGUCAUGCCGUGGGCAGAGCAGCAGCAACAGGAGGGAAGCCAGGGGUUUUCCAGUGAGAGCUGUCCUGACGAUCAUGCACCAUGCCCUUCUCCAAUCCACAGGGCUUUAGGAAAGGUAGUUUCAGAGGUGUUGUUCCCCACAGUGGAUUCAUCUUCCGCACAAAGGAGCCCUGUUUCAUCAUUUUUUCCUCCUUGCACCGCCUCUGCACCUUCACAGUCAUCAGUUCUUCCAUGCAAUGCACAGAACUCUAUGGAGGUCAUUUCACAGCUGCUGCAGGAAGCUGAAGAUUCGGAUGAAAAAGAGUUUGAAGAUGACCCUUUAUUACAAGUCCUUCGCAAGCAGAGAAAAUGGGUAAAGGAGCAGAUCAGUGAAGUGGACUCUGUGUUGAAUGGAGGAUUCCUGGAGGAGCUUCAAGUUACUUGAACAUUGACAAGAGGCACUGGACGUAGUCGUUUUUUAAAAUUUUAUACAGAAAUAAAGUUUAUUUUUUCAUUUUUGAAGAAAUAUUUCCACAUUAAAGAGUUUGCAGAUA